GUUGUGCAUCUCUUUCUUAGUUUUCUCUCAGGCCUUCUCCUUUUUGUUUUGUUCAACACUUCUUAAAGAAAGAGUCAAUAAAAGAGCCAAACUAUCCAUUGGGAUUGAAGAGCUUCUUUUUGGUUUUCCAUACACAUUUUAAUUUAGACAUGGCAAAAUUCGAAAAGGUCAUUUUUUGGUCCAUUUUCUUGCUUCUUCCCACCAUAGUAUUAGGCAAGUCUAAUUGUACUUGUGAUCCUGAUGAAGGAGUAGUAAACAAAACCAAGGCACUUCAUUAUAAACUGGGAGCUAUAGCUUCUAUUUUGGUUGCUAGUGCAAUUGGGGUGUGUAUUCCAGUACUUGGAAAAGCAAUUCCAGCAUUAAGCCCGGAGAGGAAUUUUUUCUUCAUAAUCAAAGCUUUCGCCGCUGGCGUGAUCUUAGCCACAGGGUUUAUACAUGUACUUCCUGAUGCAUUUGAUAAACUGACAAAACCAUGUUUGAAAGAACAACCGUGGGGAAAGUUUCCUUUUAGUGGAUUUGUGGCAAUGGUUGCUGCCAUGGGCACUCUCAUGGUGGACACUUACGCAACUUCUUAUUACAAUAAGAAAAAUGACUUGAAAAAUGAUGAAGGAGAUAAUCAUGUUCACUCGCAUGCCACAAAUGGCCAUGCACAUAGUUCAGAAUCAAUGAUGAGUGGUUCUGAUUCCGAGCUCCUUCGUUACCGCGUUAUCUCUCAAGUUUUGGAACUGGGAAUAAUUGUACACUCUGUGAUUAUUGGAAUAGCUUUGGGUGCCUCUGGAGACCCCAAUAAAGUAAGGUCUCUUAUAGCUGCUUUGACUUUUCAUCAAUUUUUCGAGGGCAUGGGACUUGGUGGAUCCAUUGCUCAGGCAAAAUUCAAGUCUCUUGCAGUGUCAAUAAUGGCUUUAUUUUUCUCUCUCACAACUCCAAUUGGAAUUGCAAUCGGAAUAGGAAUAACAAAAGGUUAUAAUGAAAACGAUCAAAAGGCUCUCAUUGUGGAAGGAGUAUUUAAUUCAGCUUCAGCUGGUAUCUUGAUUUAUAUGGCACUAGUUGAUCUUUUAGCUGCCGAUUUUAUGCAUCCAAGAAUGCAAUGCAACAGAAAGCUUCAAUUAGGAGCUAAUGUUUCACUUCUUUUUGGUGCUGGACUCAUGUCUCUCAUGGCCAAAUGGGCUUAAUUGAUCAACACAGAUUAUUAUCCAUUUCACAUUUUUGUCUUUUGCUUUCACUGCACGUUCUUUUGGCAGUACUCAGUUGUACAAAAUAUGAUUGUAAAUAUUUUUGAAUUACAUUUCCUCAUAUUAUAUGAUAUCUGGUUGAUAUGUUUUGCUUACACAAAAUAUUUUACUUU